GGGGUUAAUUUUUUUUCCCUCUUGCUUUCUUAAUAAGUCAAUCAGCCUCAGUGUUGAAUGUGUCUCGUUUCUCAGACAGCUUAGAGAGACAGCUGAGCAGACUCUGACGGGCUUUUGCGAUGGGCUCCAAACGAUGGAGAGCCACGUCUCCGUCCAGCAGUGUGAGUGGAGGAGAUUUUGAGGACAGCCAAAGCACAUCCAUACCUUCAACCAGUCGGAAGAGGAGAAGAACCACAUACAUUCCCACUGUUGACCCUAUUGCUGUGUGUCAUGAAUUGUUCAACACUAUCAGAGACUAUAAGGAUGAUCAGGGCAGGAUGCUGUGUGAACUGUUUAUCAGAGCACCAAAGAGAAGGAACCAGCCGGAUUACUAUGAUGUGGUGUCUCAGCCGAUUGACAUGAUGAAGAUCCAGCAGAAGCUGAAGAUGGAAGAGUAUGAUGAUGUUGAACAUCUCACAGCCGAUUUUCAGCUAUUAUUCAACAAUGCCAAGACGUACUACAAACCAGAGACUCCAGAGUACAGAGCUGCUUGUAAGCUUUGGGAUCUGUAUAUUCGCACAAAGAAUGAGUUUAUACAGCGAGGGGACUAUGACGAAGAUGAUGACUAUUGUGACGACACACAGGAAAACCCUGGAGGCCUCAUUGAAGAGGAGUCUAUCUCAAGCCUUAAGGAAGUUCUCGGGCAGCUUCUGGAUGCUGUGCUGACUUGCACAGAACACGGACGUCUCAUUAGUGAACUGUUCCAGAGGCUUCCCUCUAAAAUGCAAUAUCCAGAUUAUUAUGCUAUUAUUAAAGAUCCAAUAGAUCUGAAGGCCAUUGCCCACAGAAGACAGAUGGGCUACUACAAAAGUGUAAACCAUAUGGCAAAAGAUAUUGACCUGUUAGUCAAAAAUGCCAAAACCUACAACGAACCAGGAUCACAAGUGUUUAAAGAUGCAAACACCAUCAAAAAGAUCUUUGCACAGAGGAAGAUGGAACUUGAACAUGCUGAACCUGUUAAAACCAGCAUCAGGAUCAGGAAUAGAAAGUUUGCACAAGGAGACCGUCUCUCCUCCAUCACUACAGCUCUACAGUAUGGAUCAGAAAGUGAAGAGGACGCCAUUCUUACUGGCUCUGUUCAUAAUGAUGAGGGUGAAUCAGAGGCUGAGACCGUCAACUCCAGUGUAGACAUGAGUAACCCCAUCUUCCAGAUGUAUGAGACAGUACGGGGUGGCAGGAACAGCCAGGGGCAUCUAUUAGCCGAGCCCUUCUUUCAGCUGCCCUCCAGGAAGGACUACCCCGACUACUUCCAGCAAAUCAGCCAUCCAAUCUCCCUCCAGCAGAUAAGGGGUAAGAUGAAGACUAAUGAGUAUGAAAGUGUGGAACAGAUAGAUGCAGAUCUUAACCUGAUGUUUGAGAAUGCAAAGCGCUACAAUGAUCCCAACACUCAUAUCUACAAGCGCGUCCUAAAGUUGCAGCACAUAUUGCAGAUAAGGAGGAAAGAACUAAUGAGGAGGGAUGAUGAAGAUGGGGACAGUAUGCUCUCGUCCACUCUUUCUGAUGGAGGCAGCACCAAGCGCAAGAGCCAUAAGAAGAACACAAAGAAAAACCGCUUGAAGGCUCUGUACGCAGCUGUGGCAGAGGCUCGGGAGAUGGGCACAUGCCGGAGGCUCUGCGAACUCUUCAUGGUAAAGCCUUCAAAGAAAGACUACUCAGACUACUACAAAAUCAUAUCAGAACCAAUGGACCUAAGGACCAUAGACCACAACAUCCGCUCCGACAGGUACCCCAGUGAGGACUCCAUGAUGGAGGACAUGAAGCUGAUGUUCCGUAAUGCACGGCACUACAAUGAAGAAGGCUCACGAGUUUAUAAUGAUGCCAACAUUCUGGAGAAGAUAUUAAGAGAAAAACGAAGAGAACUCGGCCCCCCGCCUGAUGAUGAUGACAUAAUUUCACCCAAGUUGAAAAUGAGGAAGAGUGGCUUUUCUACUAAAAAGUCGAAGUAUUUGACUCCUCUGCAGCAGAAACUCAAUGAGCUCUAUGAAUCGGUGAAGAACUACACUGACAAACGCAGACGACGUCUCAGCACAAUCUUCCUCCGUCUUCCAUCCCGUUCUGAGCUACCUGACUACUACGUGGCCAUCAAAAGACCUAUGGACAUGGAGAAAAUUAAAAGCCACAUGCUUGCCAACAAGUACCAGGAUGUUGACGCCUUGGUGGAGGACUUAGUUUUGAUGUUCAACAACGCUUGUACUUACAACGAGCCCGCAUCUUUGAUCUACAAAGACGCAUUGGUGCUUCACAAAGUGCUUUUGGAGACCAGGAGAGACCUAGAGGGAGGCGAAGAUGCACAUGUCCCAGAUGUAGCACGACUCAUCCAGGAACUUAUUCGCAAUCUUUUUGUGUCAGUGCUUGGUCACCAGGAUGAUGAGGGACGUUGCUACAGCGAUUCGCUCGCAGAGAUUCCAGCUGUUGACCCCAACAACCCUGAUAAGCCUCUGUUGAACUUUGAGAUCAUCAGAGCAAAUGUGGAUAAGGGCCGUUAUAGGAGACUGGAUGUGUUCCAGGAUCAAAUGUUUGAAGUCUUGGAGAAAGCCAGACAUCUGCAUAGGACGGACUCUGAGAUCUUUGAGGAUUCUGUAGAGCUCCAGCAGUUCUUCAUCCGAAUCAGAGAUGAGCUGUGUAAGAAUGGAGAGAUUCUGCUGACGCCUGCCCUCAGCUACACCACUAAACACCUGCAUAGUGAUGUGGAGAAGGAAAAGAAAGAGAAGCUGCCUAAAGAGUAUGAAGAGGACAAACUCAAGAGAGAGGAAGAGAAGAAAGAGGCUGAGAAGAGUGAGGAGUCUACAGGUGGUGGGUGGAAGGUAACCUUGCAACGCACCUACAGCCAGGACUGCAGUUUCAAAGACAACAUGUACCAUGUGGGAGACUAUGUUUAUGUAGAACCCACAGAACCAAACCUGCAGCCACACAUUGUCUGCAUAGAGCGCCUUUGGCAGGACGAUGCAGGAGAGAAAUGGCUUUAUGGCUGCUGGUUCUAUAGACCCAAUGAAACGUUCCAUCUCGCUACACGCAAAUUUCUGGAGAAAGAAGUUUUUAAAAGUGACUAUUACAACAAAAUACCCGUCAGUAAAAUACUGGGAAAAUGUGUUGUCAUGUUUGUGAAGGAGUAUUUCAAGCUUCAGCCUGACACCUUCAGACCUGAAGAUGUUUUUGUCUGUGAGUCUCGUUACUCUGCCAAGACCAAGUCCUUCAAAAAGAUCAAGAUGUGGACGAUGCCCCUGAGCUCAGUGAAGUUUGUCCCUCGUGAAAUGCCAUUGCCUGUUGUCCGUGUGGCCUCUAUGUUUGCACCCAAGCAGGAUAGCGAAAAGCCUAAUGAGGUGGCAGAGGACAGCAAAGCUGGGCCUUCUUUUAUCGAUAAGGAGAGAGAGGAUGUUCCCAUGGAUAUCAGUAAUGGAGAGCCAGGAUGCCGGUACUAUGAGCAGCUCUGCUACAAUGAAAUGUGGCUGAAAGUGGGAGACUGUGUGUACAUCCGCUCCCAUGGGCUUGUGCGCAACCGCGUGGGCAGGAUAGAGAAGAUGUGGGUUCGAGAUGGAGCUCCCUACUUCUUAGGGCCCAUCUUCAUUCACCCUGAAGAGACAGACCAUGAACCCACUAAGAUGUUCUACAAAAAGGAAGUAUUCCUUAGCAACCUGGAAGAAUCCUGCCCUAUGACAUGUAUUGCAGGGAAGUGUACAGUGUCUUCCUUCAAAUAUUUCCUGUCAUGCCGGCCAACCGAAAUAACAGAGGAUGAUGUGUUAUUGUGUGAGAGCCGCUACAUUGAGAGUGAGAAGCAAAUGAAGAAAUUCAAAGGCCUGAAGCGUUUCACUCUGUCUGCCAAAGUAGUUGAGGAUGAAAUCUAUUAUUUCAGAAAGCUCAUUGUGCCUCAGAAAGAGCCGUCUCCACUGCUGGAUAAGAAGAUUCACGAGUUGGAGGCCAAGUUUGCGGACAUGACUGAUGAAGAGCUGGAGGAUUUGGGUGAGGAUGAUGAUGGCUGUGAUGCUCACUGCAUGCCACAGCUACAUACUCCGCUGACCAGUGACAUGGACAUGCUACAUUAUGCACCAGCACAGUCUACUCCAAAGUCAAUUAAGGGGCUGUCAAAGAAGGAAGGGGCAAAGAGGAAGAUCAACAUGAGUGGGUACAUCCUCUUUAGCAGUGAGAUGAGAGCUAUCAUUAAGGCCCAGCACCCUGACUUCUCCUUUGGAGAGCUCAGUCGUCUGGUGGGCACAGAGUGGAGAAACUUGGAGGCCACCAAGAAAGCUGAGUAUGAAGAGCGGGCAGCUAAGGUAGCGGAGCAGCAAGAGCGAGAAAGGGCGGCACACCAGCAGAACUCCUCAAGAGCAGGCAUGAUGGUUAGCUACGAGCCGCCCAUGCAUCCCUUUCAGGGUCCUGUCAAUGGCAUGAUUAACAUGGCCGGCAUGAUUCCACAUCUCAUGGGGAUGCCUGCUUUACCCCACCACUUCCCAUGGGGUAUGCCUGGUAUGCCGUUUCUCGGUAUGAAUGGAAUGGCCCCAGGUUCUACAGGAAACACUUAUGGGACUCAGAUUGGUGUAAUGAAAUCAGGCCAACAGGCCCCCCCAACUUACCCGGGGCAGAUUGGGCAGCCCGCUCUGCAGCAGCCCUCUGCUCCCAUAUUUGUGGAUCCACCACCCAAAGCCCAGCGCCUUCUACAUUCAGAGGCAUAUUUGAAGUAUAUCGAAGGACUCAGUGCUGAGUCAACUACAGUCAGCAAGUGGGACCAGACACUCACGGCUCGCAGGAAAGAUGUGCGCCUUACAAAAGAGCAGGAGAGUCGUCUGCCCUCUCAUUGGCUGAAGAGUAAGGGAGCUCACAAGACUAUGGCUGAUGCUCUGUGGCGACUGCGGGACCUAAUGCUACAAGACACACUUAACAUUCAACAGACUUAUAACAUCUGAACAAUUCCUUCAUAUUCUCAUACAAGGAGAUGAGCCGUUCUUAGAGUUUCAGUGUGGUUAUGAUAUAAAGUUCUGUUUAGGGUUUUGUAAUGCUAAAUAUAUUCUGUUGGCUUUGUUGGUGGUUUUGCCAUUUUAUUUUUCUUGAAAGCACUGUCAAUUGGCUGAUUUUGUAUGUUGGUUGUUAAAUGUUCUUAGACUGAUUUAAACAUUUUCAUAAAAUGUUGAACUUUUAAGUGUUGAACUUAAUGUUUGUGCAUUGCAAGUUGUGACAGGAUUACAUUUUGUUGUAAGAUUGUUCUAAAAGAAUGUAGAAAUGGCCAUUUUGGUCUUGUCUUGGUUCGGAAGAUGGUGUUUAAAAAAAACAAGCCUAUUUUUCACUUGUAUUAGCUAAAUGUCAGUUUGGAAUGGACACCAUUUGCCUAUUGUUUCAAUAAACUAACAGUAGCACUACAUAACAUUGUUGACGUAGCAAAAAACUCUAACAAGAAAUUUGGUUUCCGGUCAAA